CCGAUUAUCUUAUCUCCCUCUCCCAUCCCACAAUCAACCCACCGACCCCACCUUCCCGUAAAUACGUGAGUUGCCUCGCUUUACCCUUAAGUAAUUUAUGUCUUGGCUUUCAACAAACUUUCAUUCCUGCGCCUCUUUCAUGGGUUUAUUUGAAGAAGAUUCCAAUAUUUCCAAGUACACCAAACGGUAGAUCCAUAUACACCUCUCAAAAUGUCUCUCACUGUGUUGACAGACUCGGACAUCAAACACCUUCUUCAAGACCUCACUCUCAAAGAUCUGGAAGCUUUCCAGGAUCAAAUGAGACAAGCUCUUCAUGAGUACUCUACAGGAACCCAAGAGGAUGAUUGCUGCAGCUUGCAUCAACCUAGAAGGACAGUUCUUGAGUCAAAACACAAACGAACAACACUCUUCAUGCCCUCCACUGCGUCUGCAGGAAUUGGAAUGAAAGGUAGGCAUUUUCUUACCCAAAUAAUGCCACUCGAAGCCUCACUAACAUUCGCAGUUGUAACUCUUCCUCAACCAGGCUCAUCUAAUGAGACUUCAGAUUCCGACUCUGUAUCUACCUCUCAAUCAAUCAAAAAUCCGACCACACCUCAGGGAUCUCUCACACUCAUGGAUAAAACAGGACUACCAUUCGGCUUUCUCAAUGCAUCAGAAACGACAGCCUUUCGCACAGCCCUAGCCUCCUCUCUCCUCAUUACACCUCGUACCAAGGUUAAAACUAUAACUGUUUUUGGUGCUGGAAAGCAGGCUUUUUGGCACACCCGUCUCGCUCUCAUUCUUCGCGGCUCAACCAUAAAGCAAAUAAACAUUAUAACUCGCGCUUUCACAGAUCGUGUUCGGGAUUUAAUGAAGGCAUUUCUGGAAAUACCUACUGCCACAAAAGAACGUGAAGGUUGGAGCAAUACAAAAUUUUCCGUUCUUAGCCCUGCCUAUGGAGAAUUUGCUCGACUCGAAAAAGAAUACAUACGAGCAGCGGAUGUUAUCUUCUGCACGACUUCCUCUACAUCUCCUUUAUUUCCUCAUACUAUCUUGACCAAUACGGAAGGUCGCAAGCGGGGACGGCUCAUUGUCGCUAUUGGCAGUUAUAAGCCUGACAUGAUUGAAAUACCUUUGGAGGUUGUGGCGCAAGCAGUUAAAGUACAUGGAAGUGGCCAUCAUUUCCAUAGGCAUGCAGAAGAAGGUGGAGUAAUUGUAGUUGAUACUAUAGAUGGAUGCAAACAGGAAGCAGGCGAAAUAAUUCAAGGCAACGUCUCAGCAAAGAAUUUGGUGGAAUUAGGCGAAUUGGUCAUGCUGUCCAAUGGGAUUGAUCCUCUUAAUCAUUCAUCUGCUAUUGACGAUUCAGAUGAAUCCCCACGAAGCUCAUCCGACUUUCACCAUUUAAAUCUAAACGAUACUGGGAAUGGCAUUGCAACACCAACUCCCCAUUCGCCACUCUCACCCUCCUCUCCACCUCUAGCCCGUAGCAUGGCCAACAUAUUCCACACCGAACAUUCCACCUCCCCUUCAUCAUCCCGCAGCCCCUCUCGCAAAUCAUCUUUCUCGUUUCGCAAACCCAGAUCAGAAUCCGCAAGUACAAAUACUACUGGUUCAAGUGGAAUGUUGGGAAAGGAAGUACAAACAGAAAAAAAAGAUGCGAUGAGUAGAUGGUUGAGUAGUGGGAAUGUCAUUUAUAAAAGUGUGGGAUUGGGACUUAUGGAUUUGGUGGUAGGGGUGGAACUGGUUAGAUUGGCGAGAGAAAGGGGGGUGGGUGUUUGUGUGGAGAGGUUUUGAGGAGAUAGGAUGGGUUUGAUGUUUCUGGAAAUGGGAAUUAAAAAAUUAAUAGAUUCAGGCGAGAUAGCUUGCUGUAGCAUUACCAUAGAUACCAUGGGAGUUUUGGAAGUGGAAAAUAAUAAGCAUUGGGAUGUCAUAUAGGCGUAUUG